AUGCCGCGCCCGUCGGCCAAGGCGGCCGAUGCCGGCGAGACGCGCGAGAUGAGCGCGUACGAGAAGGCCCGGCUCGAGAAGAUCAAGAAGCGCGAGGCCAUGAUGGAGGAACUCAAGCUCAAGGACAUGGCCAACAGCCUCAUGCCCGCCAAGCCCAAGCCUGCGCGCGCGACGGGCCCCCGGAAGCGGCGCUCCAAGCUCAAGCGCGACCCGAGCCUGUACCCCCCGCGGCGCUCCGGACGGCUGCAAGGCGAGGCGGCCGCGCGGCCGGAGGGCCUCCUCGACCAGGGCGGCGUGCUGGUCAAGAUUGCGGGCGAGACGAUCCGGUACCGCGCGAACGCGGAGGGCCUGCCCGGCGUGGCGAUGGACCGCGGGGAGCACUCUCAGAAGCAGCGCGAGGCCAAGCUCGGCGGCCCCGUGGCGAUGACGUCGGCGAAUGCGAGCAACCGUGGUGACAGGGCGUUCAAGGAGCUGCUCAAGACGGAGGGAAGCUGCGCGGAAAUGAGGCAGCUGAAGGGCAGGGGGCGGAAGGGCAAGGACAUAGCGUCGUGGACUCUGGAGAGCGACGACUGGGUGGUCAAGGUCGUGCCCUCGGCCGCGGUGCACAUGGCGUUCGCUCCCCGGUCAGACGCGGUCGUCCUUGCAGCGGGGGGCAAGGAGGGGAGUGUCGGCCUGUGGUGCCUCAACCACGACACGUGGGAGCCGUCGGACGCCGCGGGCUUCACCGCGGCGCUCGAGGGCGUCGAGGCCGAGGAGGGCGACGGCGCCGCGACGGCGAAGGACGUCCUCGGGAAGUCGGACGGGGUGUCUCUGUACAGCGUGCACGCGGCGUACAUCUCCGGGUUCGUGUGGACGGCGGACGGGCUCACGUCGUCGUCGUACGACGGCACGGUGCGCCGGAUGGAUCCCGCAGCCGAGCGCUUCGAGCUGCUGUUCCGGGACGAGGACCGGCAGUUCAGCGCGUUCGACAUGACGCCGGGACUGUCGCUCCUGGCGGACAAGGACGGCGAGCUGUCCGUGUUCGACCCGCGCGCGCCCAAGGGCGGAACCAAGUUCUUUGAGGCCCACGACCGCAAGAUCAACACAGUGCACGUCGAGCCUGUCGAGCAGCGCCUGGUCGCGACCUCGGGCACCGACAACGCCGUGUCUGUCUGGGACUCGCGCAAGCUCGGGUCGAAAGCCAAGCCGCUGCACUCGUACGACCUCGACAAGUCGUCCCAGGGGGCGUUUUGGUCUCCGGACGGAUCGCAGAAGCUCCUACUGACGUGCUACGACAACCACCUGCGCGUCGUUGACGUCAAGACGGGCGGCAAGGACGGCGGCUGGUCGAAGUGCACGCGCGUCAAGCACAACACGCAGACCGGGCGCUGGGUGACGCCGUUCCGCGCGGUGUGGAGCCCAGAGGGCGACAGCAUUGUUUGCGGGUCCAUGAACCGCGAGAUUUGCAUAUACGACGCCGCGAAGUCGUCCGGCGGCUGUCUGGCGCGGCUCUCGAACGCUGAGCUGCAAACGGCGAUUUCGAGCAGGCACGUGUUCCACCCGGAGCUGCCGUUCCUGGCCGCGGCGACAGCUUCGGGGCGCGCGCACAUCUACACGCCGUGA